AUGGAUCCGGUUGACCGUGGCUCAGUUAAAGAUGUUGAUCAACAACAAUUUACCGUUGCAUUUGCUGAGUUUUUGAAAAAAACUGGUAAACUAGACUUACCAAGUGGAAACUGGGUGGAUAUCGUUAAAUUGGGUAUACAUAAAGAAAUGGCACCAAUGGAUCCGGAUUGGUUUUACACAAGAUGUGCAUCCAUUGCUCGACAUUUAUAUUUGAGACGUGCUGGUGUUGGUGGAUUAACACGAGUAUAUGGUGGUUUGAAACGAAAUGGAUGUCGUCCAUCACAUUUUCAAAAAGGAUCAAGAUCUAUUGCACGAAAAUGUUUACAAUCAUUAGAAAAAGCAAAAAUUGUUGAAAAACAUGCAACAAGUGGACGGGCCUUAUCACAAUUGGGCCGAAGAAAUAUGGAUACAAUUGCAAAACAAGUAGCAGAAAAAUUAGCAAGAUAUGAGCGUAGUUAA